AACGGGUUCCUGGCUGUUGGCCGACUCGACGCGCUCCGGGGAGGCAGAGCGGUCAAACUCUCGGGAACUACCGCACUUUCUCCACCGCGGGACUCGCUGCCCGGGGCUGGAACACUUCCAUUCGACUUCGGUGUCCGGGGACACGCUGAGAGAAACCUCCCCCUCCGACCGGCUCCUGGCUCCCGGGAGCUUUUUCUUGUUCCGUCUCUCACCCGGAGGAGCUCGAGCGUCAGCGGGGCGAAGCAACGGUUUCCACUCCGCUCCGUGUUGUGAUGGCUAGCCGCCGCUAGCAGGCUAGCUAGCUACAUGGCCGGUGCUGGUGCUGGUGCCGCCGCGGACGAAGCCGAUAAUUAGCUAGCUCGCCCGGCGGCUGCUUCGCUGCGGACGCGUCGCCACCUCCGGACGUUGCCCGGUGAAGCCACGUAGCGGUCAGCGGGCCGGAUGUUACGGGAAGGUCGAGCACCACAUGGAGAGAUGAUAUCCACACCCAGAGGGUUUCUCGACGGGCUUCUCAACACCACGGAGCGAUUUUCUUCAUAAAAAACAAACCAUGCACCUCGUCCAGUCGGACCUCCCUCGCCGCUGCAGAGAUUCCUCCUCCUUGCGUUUGGAUUCAUCAGGCGGUUUUUAAAGACCCAACACUCAGGACUGGAUGUGCAGCCUUAUCUCUGUUUCCCACCCACCCACGCCCCCCCUCAAUCUUAUAUCCGGUAAAACAUUAACUGUGUGUCUAUGCGGGUUGGAUAUGCACAGAUACAUAUAGUCGUCAGCCUGAAGUAGCCCAAAGAAGGACGUCCAGGGACGGGAUAGGUGCUCAGAAAAAGACCCACACAGAAACAUGGCCUCUGUGUGGAAGAGACUGCAACGUGUGGGGAAGCAUGCCUCCAAAUUCCAGUUCGUGGCUUCCUAUCAGGAGCUGAUGGUGGAGUGCACUAAGAAAUGGCAACCAGACAAACUCGUGGUGGUUUGGACUCGCAGAAGUCGACGGAAAUCUUCCAAGUCCCACGGCUGGCAGCCUGGUAUCAAGAACCCCUACAGAGGAGUGGUGGUGUGGCCUGUUCCAGAAAACAUUGAGAUCACCGUCACUCUGUUUAAGGACCCACAUGCAGAGGAGUUUGAAGACAAAGAGUGGACGUUUGUCAUUGAAAACGAGUCUCCCUCAGGGCGGAGGAAGGCCUUGGCCACCAGCAGUAUAAACAUGAAGCAGUACGCCAGCCCCAUGCCCACGCAGACGGAUGUCAAACUCAAGUUCAAGCCUCUGUCGAAGAAGGUGGUGUCGGCCACUCUGCAGUUCUCCCUCUCCUGCAUCUUCCUCCGUGAGGGAAAGGCCACUGACGAGGACAUGCAGAGCCUGGCCAGCCUGAUGAGCAUGAAACAGGCAGAUAUCGGCAACUUGGACGACUUUGAGGAGGAGAACGAGGAGGACGAGGAGAACAGGGUCAACCAGGAGGAGAAGGCAGCGAAGAUCACAGAGAUAGUAAACCAGUUGAAUGCCCUCAGCUGCUUAGAUGGGGAUGAUGAUGAUGAUGAUGCUGCUUUCCUUAAGCGAGCUCGCAAAGCAGCCGCUAAGCCCGCCGCUUCCUCCCAAGAGCUGAUCAACAAGCUGAACUUCCUGGAAGACGAGGAUCAGGAAACGCCUCUCGCCAUGAGCACAAAUCCCUUCGAGGACCCCGAGGACGACCUUCAUCCAAACCACCUCAACCCGUUUGGAGAGCCUGAGGAGGAGGAGCCUCGUGCCCAGCCGGUCUUACAGAAGCUCGUCGACGAUGUUUCCUUUUAUGACCACGACUCCUCGAAUCCGUUCAGUGAACCAGAUGAACUGGAGACACAAACUUCCCCAGGGAACCCCUUCGAGGAGCCGGACCAGGACCAGGACCAGGACCACGAGCAGGACCACGAGCAGGACCACGAGCAGGACCAGGACAUGGACCCCCAGCCAGACCCAGAACCCCCAAAGCCCAGGCAGAGGAAAGGUGUACGGCCUGUUGACAUGAGCAAGUACCUGUAUGCAGACACCGCUCGCAACGAGGAAGAGGAGCUCGAUGAAUCCAACCCAUUCUACGAGCCAAGAGCAUCGAGCCCUUCGCGGGCCCCCGCUGGUGGCUCCUCCCCCGAUAUGGACAGAAGCCAGAAGAGGAGGGCUCCCCUGCCCCCGGGUCCCAGCUCUGGACUUGGCCCCAGUCCACCGGCUCCCCACCCGCCCUGCUCUGGUCCAGACCGAGAGAGAACGCAGCCUGUCGGGCCCAGUCCAGUGGCAGCGCUGAUGGGGAGAGAGCUGGCCUCCUCGUCCCCCAAGCCCAGCCCCGUCCCGAGUCCGAUUUUGGGAGGGAAGCCGAACGCCAGCCAGUCUCUGUUGGCCUGGUGCCGUGAGGUCACCAAGAACUACCGCGGGGUCAAGAUCACCAACUUCACCACCUCAUGGAGGAACGGGCUGGCCUUCUGCGCCCUGCUGCACCACUUCAGACCGGACACAAUAGACUACAAGUCGCUCAAUCCUCAGGAUAUUAAAGAAAACAACAAGAAGGCGUAUGAUGUCUUUGCGAACCUGGGCAUCUCCCGCCUCCUGGAGCCGUCUGACAUGGUGCUGCUUGCUAUUCCUGACAAGCUCACGGUGAUGACCUACCUGUACCAGAUCCGCGCCCACUUCUCCGGCGAGGAGCUCAACGUGGUGCAGAUAGAGGCCAACAGCAAUCGCAGCACGUACAAAGUGGGCGACUUUGAAACCGACACGAACGCCUCCAUAGGUCAGGACAAGUUUUAUGCCGAACUCAGCGAAGUGCAGCCCCGCCAGGCUUCCUCUGAGCCGGCCGGGUCUGCUGGUGGUGUUACCUCCGAGUCCAACGGCACCAAAGCUCCAGAGGAAGAAGCCACGGAGCUGGGUUGGAAGGCGGAUGUAGCAGCAGUGUCAGCCAGCUUGCCAACAGCAGGGCAUUCGGAGUCGUCACCUCCUGUCCCAUCACCGCGCACAGUAUUACCCACCACAGCCACAGACUCGACCCACGCCUCGCCGCCAGGCUCGGAGGACAGGGGGCAUCUGCUCAAAGCGAACACUUUAGACAUUAGUGAGCUACCGCAGAGGGUGGAGAGAGAGAUGGAGAAGGAGCGACAGCAGAAGGAGCGACAGCAGAAGGAGGUGGGAGAGGAAAGACAGGAGGGAAGUACCGAACCGGCGUCUCCGACCAGGAGAGGGGUCCCCUCCUCACCGACCCACCAGAAACUGGGCUUCUCCUACAAUAGGGACGCGGACCUCAUCAAGAAGAAGAGGGCCAGCCUGCGCCAGUCUGAGUCUGAGCCCGCCUCAGACACCUGCCCCCCCGCCGUCAACCACACAGACACGCCUCCCAAACAGGAGCCGACGCCUGCAGCUGUGUCAAGUCCUCCGGCUGAGAAGAAGGUUCUCUCUCGUCAAGAGGAGCUGAAGGAGAGAGCCCGCCUCCUCCUGGAACAGGCCCGCAGAGACGCUGCCAUGAAGGCCGGCAACAAGAACGUUCCCAACUCAGCCGCGACGGCACUAACCAGGACCACAACCGUCUGCGAUGAGCGGGAUGCAGAGCGGCGAAGACAGCUGCGAGAGCGAGCCAGGCAGCUGAUCGCCGAGGCUCGGUCCGGAGUCAAGAUGUCUGAUUUGAGCUCGCUGGACCCGUCCAGCACCGACAGAGGGAGGGGGAGCAAGGUCAACCCGGCUGGAGAUGUUUUGGACGGAGUGAGGGGUCAUCAUGAGGAUGAUGGUGACAGGGGUGAGGAUGAGGAAGAGGGGCGGGCUGAGGAGGAGAAGCCCCAUGUUGGUGAUGAUGAUGGUGGUGGUGGUGGUGGUGAUGAUGACACUGUUGCUGCUGCCACAUCUGCGUUUGCACUGGUUACUAACCCGCUGCCAUUGGAGGCCCUGCUACCAACCCCUUCCAGCUCCCAGGGGGGGGCCCUGGAGCUUACUAACCCCGGCUCUGAGCUAACCUCUCUGGGUUCCAACAGUCGACAUGUGGACCUGAAGCUGAAGAAGCUGGUGGACGUCAGCCCGAGAGCAGUCACCUCCCCUUCGUCCCCGUCCUCCACCUCCUCCUCAUCCUCACCCUCUGCCUCCUCCAGCUCUCCACUCAGCCCUGCAGAAGGACUGGAGAAUAACGCUGAGGAGCUGCGAGCAGAGCGGCUGCGCAGGGCAACAGAAAGACUGCGCAGCCCGGUCGUCUUCAACAAGGACUCUGCCGUCCGCAAAACCCAGCUGAAGUCCUUCAGCCAGUAUGUGGAGAGCAGACCAGAGAUGAAGAGGCAGAAGUCUGUUUCUGAGGAUCUGAAGAAGGCUGAAGAGGACAGAGGUUCACCGACAGAGAUUGAUAUUCGCAGACCAUUUGAAGAAGAGAAGGCGUUCAAAGACACCAGUCAGUAUGUGGUUGGGGAGCUGUCUGCACUGGAGAGCGAGCAGAGGCACAUAGACGCCCGAGCUGCUCGCGUGGAGAAGAGGCUGCGCUAUCUCAUGGACACAGGAAACAAUAAAGAGGAGGAGGAAGCCAUGAUGCAGGAGUGGUUCAUGCUGGUCAACAAGAAGAACGCCCUCAUCAGGAGACAGAACCAGCUCUCUCUGCUGGAGAAAGAGCACGAUCUGGAGAGACGCUUCGAACUGCUGAACCGAGAGCUGAGAGCCAUGCUGGCCAUCGAGGACUGGCAGAAGACCGAGGCCCAGAAGAGACGGGAGCAGCUGCUGCUGGACGAGCUGGUCAUACUGGUCAACAAACGGGACGCGCUGGUCAGGGACCUGGACGCCCAGGAGAAACAGGCCGAGGAGGAGGACGAGCACCUGGAGAGGACGCUGGAGCAGAACAAAGGCAAGAUGGCCAAGAAGGAGGAGAAGUGUGUCCUUCAAUGAUUGUUUCACUUCAGAAAAACACAACCAACAAAUGUAGCCGAUGAAAGAAAUGUAUCGUCGUCAUUCUUGUUAUUGUGAUUAUGAUUUGAUAGCAGCUUUUAGACGUUUGAACCCUCACGUGGUCGUUGUUCCGCAGAGACUCGGCCUGCGACGCCUUCGCACCAACUUUCUACAAACUGUCCCACGUGUCCACCGUGUUUUUAUUUUUCCUUGUCCCUCUUUUACCAAGACAUGGUACUUGUAUGUAAUAUGAAUGUGUUUGAGACGAGCGCAGACAUGUGACCAGUGUGUGUGUGUGGAGAGCAGUGGGACUGAGGUACAGCACAACUGGGAUUAAUGGGGGGGGGGUUCUUUUAUCUUUUUUUUAUUUUUUUCAAGACGAGGGGGCUGACGUCUCAGUCGGACUUUUAAAAGGAAAAAAAAAUUAUUUUUCAAGCUACUUCAUUACUUGACUGUAUCUUUUAAUUAUUUCUACUUGUAAAAUAUCUUAAAGGGCGGGGGGGUGGGAGGGGGAGCACAUAACGUUCAUAAAAUCUUAACUUUUCCUAUUGCUUUUUUUUUAUCGUCUUGGCUUGAAAGCAGUUUACCAAAAGAAAAGAUGAUGUUUAAAAAGAACAAAAAAAAACCCAAUAAAAACACAUUGUUGUAUAUUCCCCUGGCUGCUCCGACCAGCAGCUUCCAGAUCCUCUUUUACUCUCUCAGAAAUCAUGCAGUCGAAAAACACACACUAAAAAGAAUCUAUAUUAUUAUUUAUUGUCUUAUAAGCUGCUUGUACCUGAACCUACCAUCACGGUCUCCUGUGCGUUUUGUCUGCACAACUUUUUUUGGUUUCUAUUUAUUGUAUCCUGAAGAAUAGAACUAUGUUUCCACGUGCGUCUCUGUCGAGCUCCACGGUGCAGUUUGUUCCAUUUUACCUGUUUUGUUUUUUUUUUAUUUAUUCCAGUGUCAUAACCCAAGUCUUCAAUAAUAAAAAGUCCUUAUGAUUUCAUAUUCCA